AUGGCCUCGGCGCUCAGCUCGGGCCGGGGGGUGGAAGUCGCCACCAAGGCCAAUCCCUGGGAUGGGAAGACGCUGAAGCCCGAGAGUGUGCGAUCGCAGCUGGAGACGUCCCUGGAGAGGCUGAAGAGGACGAGCGUGGAGCUUUUCUACCUCCAUGCCCCUGACCACGGGACCCCGGUGGAGGAGACGCUGCGUGCCUGCAAUGAGCUGCACAAAGAGGGAAAGUUUAAAGAACUCGGACUAUCGAAUUAUGCAGCAUGGGAGGUCGCAGAAAUCUGCACCGUCUGCAAAUACAACAACUGGGUGAUGCCAACCGUGUACCAGGGUAUGUACAAUGCGACCACUCGCCAGGUGGAAGCUGAGCUGCUGCCUUGCCUGAGAUACUACGGACUGCGGUUCUACGCCUACAAUCCACUGGCAGGAGGGCUGCUGACCGGCAAGUACAAGUAUGAAGACAAAGACACGCUGCAGCCCACUGGAAGAUUUUUUGGGAAUGACUGGGCUCAAGCCUACAGGGACAGGUACUGGAAGAAGCACAAUUUUGAAGGAAUUGCCCUAGUAGAAAGAGCUCUGAAAGAUGCUUAUGAUGCCAACGCCCCAAGCCUGACCUCCGCUGCCUUGCGUUGGCUGUACAACCACUCCAAACUGCAGGGUUCUCUUGGAGAUGCAGUAAUCAUUGGGAUGUCCAACCUGGAGCAGCUAGAGCAGAACCUCGACUACAGCGAAGAGGGUCCCCUGCUCCCGCCUGUCGUGGAGGCGUUUGACAGAGCCUGGAACCUGACCGCACACGACUGCCCCAACUAUUUCCGCUAGAGGCUGGGGGGGGG